CCUCUCCCUCCCUGGCCGUCUGCGGCUCCAGCUCUGGCUCCGGCUGCCAUUGGCUUAGCGGCCCCAUCCGGGCACUUGGCGCAGCGCUACUGCUCAGCCCGAGCGGUCCCAAUAUGGCGGAGGCUUCCUUUGGAAGUUCGAGCCCAGUUGGUUCUUUAUCUUCUGAGGAUCAUGAUUUUGACCCUACUGCUGAAAUGUUGGUACAUGACUAUGAUGAUGAGAGAACUCUUGAAGAGGAGGAAAUGAUGGAGGAGGGCAAAAACUUCAACUCUGAAAUUGAAGAUUUAGAAAAGGAAGGAAGCAUGCCUUUAGAAGAUUUACUGGCUUUCUAUGGCUAUGAACCUACAAUUCCAGUUAUAGCAGGUUCCAGUGCAGAUAGCUCCCCAAGUGAACUUGCGGAUGAACUUCCAGAUAUGACUCUGGACAAAGAGGAAAUAGCUAAAGACCUCUUGUCAGGUGAUGAUGAAGAAACACAGUCUUCUGCUGAUGACUUGACACCAUCAGUUACUUCACAUGAAGCUACAGACUUCUUUCCUCGACCAUUAAGAUCAAACACUACGUAUGAUGGAGAUAAGGAAUCGGAUGGUGAAGAUGUUGAGGCAGACACUGGUAAUUCAUCUGAAGAUUUGAGGAAGGAAAUAAUGGUUGGUUCGCAGUAUCAGGCUGAAAUACCACCUUACCUGGGCAAGUACAGUGAUGAUGAAAAGGUGUAUGAAAAUGAUGAUCAGUUACUUUGGAGACCUGAGGUGGUUUCAGAGAUUAAGGUUAAAGAAUACCUUUUUGAGACCUCGUUAAGAACUGGAAAUGAAAAAAAUAUUGGAAGAAUUCCUGAAGGAAUACACACACGGGACAGUGAACAAGCACUCUAUGAACUACUCAAAUGUAACCAUAAUAUAAAAGAAGCAAUUGAGAGGUAUUGCUCAAAUGGAAAGGCAUCUCAAGAAGAGAUGACCGCUUGGACAGAAGAAGAAUGCAGAAACUUUGAACAUGCACUUCUGAUUUACGGGAAAGAUUUUCAUCUCAUACAGAAAAAUAAGGUGAGAACUAGAACAGUUGCUGAAUGUGUAGCAUUCUACUACAUGUGGAAGAAAUCAGAACGUUAUGAUUACUUUGCUCAGCAAACAAGGUUUGGAAAGAAGAGGUACAACCAUCAUCCAGGGGUCACGGACUAUAUGGAUCGGUUGGUAGAUGAAGCAGAAGCCCUUGGUGGAGCAGUACAUUCUUCAGCCUUAACUGCUAACAGCAGAACAGAGCCCAUUCCUGAUCAACAGCUCAGCAUUCUGAACUCUAUCACUGCCAAUGACUUGACAGCAUUGACCAAUAGUGUAGCUACAGUCUGCCACUCUACAGAUGUGAACUGCUUGGAAGAUGCCUUUUCUCCUCUGGACAGCUUACCCCGAGCACCAGUUAAUCAUGUGCCUGUUGUAACAGAAGAGUUGCUUACCUUGCCUAAUAAUGGUGAAAGUGAUUGUUUUAAUUUAUUUGAGACUGGAUUUUAUCACUCGGAGUUAAACCCAAUGAACAUGUGCAGUGAAGAGUCAGAGAGACCUGCCAAGAGAUUAAAAAUGGGGAUUGCAGUCCCUGAAUCCUUUAUGAAUGAUGUUUCUGUAAAUAACUUGGGUGUGGACUUUGAGAACCACACACAUCAUAUUACCAGUGCCAAAAUGGCUGUCUCAGUGGCUGACUUCAGCAGUCUAUCUGCAAAUGAGACAAAUGGUUUCAUCAGUGCCCACACUCUACACCAACAUACUGCCCUUCACUCAGAAUGAUUCCAGUGGUGGACUACAAAAACAGCGGGUACUUAAUGCAGCAGCAGACUUGAUGGGAACUGUCAGGUUUGCUUAGUCUUUCACUGGAAGUUUGAACUUUAUGACAUCAGUGAUGUCUUUGUAUGUAUAGAACUAUAUCUUGAUUUAUCAAGAAUAAUUUCAUUUUUCAAUCCAUACGUGUGGAAAUGUCCUAUGAUGUUCGGCAGAGUUUGGGAUUAAGAGAACUCUGGUGCAGCUUUAAGCUCUGCUUCAAUUUUUUUUAAAGCCUGUAGACAGAGGUCACCAUCUCAAAACCAGCACAGAAGUUGUGAACUGAUUGAAGUGGCUUUUUAGUCUAAGUUACUUUUGCCGUAACAGAUGCAGUGGAAUAACAAUGUUUACAGGUACAGAUCCUGAUUCCUGCUCAAUGUAGCAUUUUUUUUUUUUAAUAAAGGCAGGGAUGGGUUUCUUUAAUUUAAACUGCACAAAGAAGGAUAUUUUUUAAUGGAACCUUCUCUCGUGUGAUACUAAACUAGGGCACUUCAGUUUACAAAACAGCGAGUUCAUCUUGGUGGAAGCUAGCACAAGGGACUGUAUGAGCAAAGUGUGAAGACAUACACUUAGAUGCUGUUGCAAAAUUAUAGGCCAUGGCUACCUUACACAGAAGUAAUUAUACUGCCAGAAGGUUUCUGUGUACUUAAACUUAUUGGCUAAACAAAUGCAUUUUAGAAUAUUGUAUUUUGAUGGGGUUUUGUCCACAACUUUUAAGAGUGUAUUGUAAUAAAUAACACCAGUUAUUUGUAUCAAUUUUUUUCUGAGGCAGCUGAUGUAUAAAGCCACAGUCUGCAAGGUUUAGGAUUGACCACUAAAUGGUUUACAUUUGGGACACACCUUAAAUUGUUUGGAGCACUGCAGUUCAUUUGAGGGACUAUCUAGAUUUUUAUAUAGUGCAGUACAACCUUGAAGUAUACACUUGAAAACUUCCUUUAGCAUGGAUUGUGUUUAUUUCUUUUGGCAAGUCAUUGUCUCAAAAUGGCAUUUCAAUACUUUUCUCAAAUGGGAAUUGACAGCAGUACAAAUGCAUCUCAUACUCAAAAUUGUUUAUGCCAAUCAAUUUUUUGGUGAAUAUUAAGAUGAAAUUUUGGGUCACCAUAAAUUAUUCCAUUUAAUACCCUUUUAUUUAAGUUGUGUUACAGAUUCCGACAAAACAUAGUAUUGGUAUGUGAGAUGCUUCCAGAGCAUACAACUUUCAGGUUUGUGCUUUUUUUUUUCAUUUUUGUUUACAAGAUUCUGAAGUUUAGCCCAGUACAAUUGAAUCGCAGUAGACUUUCCCACACACACUCAGAUUUUUCUUUGCACUGUCUGUAAUGCAGAUUAAUUGCCACUAAUUUGCUUGCAUUUUUUAAAAUGCUUAAGUUUGACUGCAUUGGUAAUAUUUGUAGUAAUUGCUUCAAGGUUAUGCUGAGUAAUUUAGUAGUAGAGACUUUGGGUAGUAUUUGAAAGGGACGAGGGUAUUUAUUAUAUAUACUGUGAACUGCAUUGACAUCCUGAUUUUUGGAUGCGGCGUACUCCCAAGUUUUCUUUACAGCAUUGUAAUGAAGAUUGCUUUGAACUGUUUACGCAAUAGCACAUUUACCAUAAAAAUUAGUUUAGCACAGUGGACAAAAGUAGUUAGCGAUAAUUUGUUAUCAAUUCUUUAACUUAAACAUCUGAAAUAUGUAAUUCUAGUAAGUACACAGUAAAUAACGGGUAGCCUUGGCUACAAAUGUCAGAGUACAACACAGGGUCAAGUUGUCAGCUUCUUGUUGCUGUGUUUUGUGCUGAACUUUGUACCUUGUUUCUUUUGUUUAUGAAUCAACACAUUUUUAUGUAAUUUUGUAAAAUACUGGCCAUAUUUUUUCAUUGUUAUACAUUCAAGUUUAACUAUGGGUUUACAGUGGCUGGUCUGUAUAAAAAUCAUUACACAAAGAUGACUGAAUGCUUAUACCAGUUGCACUUAAAUGAACAUGCCCAUUCUCAUUAGCUGAUGCAGUAAUAUAUUCAGUUUAUCUAUGCAUUGCUGGGAUCUUAAUAUAGACAGAGACUUGUCUAAAGUUUGGAUUGUCGGCAAGUUGAAUGGACACUUUAGUUAUUUAAUAAAGACUUUUGACCAAAAUUCAGAAAAUGAUAUGAGAGAAAAAAGAUUUCCGGCUAGUCUAAUAGAUUUUUAAAUUCUAAUCUUAUUUAGCCUCGUGGCUAGCUAGCUGGUAACGUUUACUUUUAAUUCCUUGUUAAAAUGAGGCAAUAAUUUGCAAGAUUUGUAAAUAUGUACAUUCUGCAUAUCUUUUUAGAUAUCUAUUUCAAUAUUUUCUGACUACUUGUGUAUAGUAACAUUUUUGUGCAUGCUUGAUGUGACAUUCAUAAAUUUGUACCACUAUGACUUUAUCCUUGUAAAAUAGCUAUUUAUUGAAUUUUUCUUUUAAAAGCUGGACUUACCUAUUUUUCUCUCAGUUUAAACAUUUAAAUGGAGAACUUGUUACUGUUUAUUAAAAGAAUUGCGUUUUGAGGGUCAGCAUGAAGAUAACUGAAUUGCAACCAUAUGAAGAAAUUCUAUUGCCUUGAUUCUUGGAUGGUGAAGCACAAUUCUUGUAACAAACUGUGAUGAAUUCUUUGUCCUUUGCCACGUUUUUUUCUUCAUAUGAACAAACCAAAAAUCCAUAAUGGGCAAUUGCAGUGUUGGUAGAUGUAUCUUUUAUGUACAGGGAAUCUGAAGAGGAUAGCUGAUUCAUUUAGAAGUGUAACUGGUGCUGUGAUUAUAGCAAUACUUUUACUUUUGUUAGUCAUGUCAUCUUCUCAUGCUAGAUUUUUAAAUGUUUAGUUUUCCUCUUGUCAUGGUCAAACUGCUGAAUUUACUUGAAGGAUGUACAUUACUGUUUGCAGAAUACUAAAUUGUGUACAAUUAGGUCAAUGAAUUGUGCAAUUGUUUCCUGUUUUUAAUUUUUAAAACUGAGGGUCAAAAAUGUGUGAAAACUUCAGAUCCAGUAGAACAUAGUAAUACUACAGAAUUUAACCAAAGUCUCUAGUGCAUAUUUCAACUUUGAAUGUAAACUAAUGGAUAAACUGACCAACAGGGACACUAUUUGCCCAGAAUUACAAGCACAUUAUCUACAAAGGGGAAACUAAAUACAGUAAUUUAUAAAAUGACAAGGUUACUAUUUUUUUAAUGUUUUUCACUUAAGGAAAUUACCAAUUAUUGUUUAAAAUAGUAUAGGUCUGAUUAUGGCCCUCUUACGCCACCAGUGAUUCCAGCCUUUCCCAGUUUGAAAUAAGCACCCUGUGUAUAAUGACCUAAACCAGUGACAAUCGGAACAAGUUUUAGUAUCAGAUGUUCAAGAGGAAGUCGCUAUUGUUGCAUUGGUUUUAAUAUUUGUACAUAAACACUGAUUUUUUUGAGCAUUAUUUUGUAUUUGUUGUACUUUAAUACCUGGUGUACAGUUCCAGAAAUAAAUGUCUGGAAACCUUU